CAAGAAGUUGAAUUGAAUUGAUUAACAUGUUCAUUCAACUCGUGAUUGUUAUUAAAUUUCUUCAUCGUAAUUAAUUCAAAUUAGUCUCUUCAAGAUUAAGAUUUAUCAAUUUGUGGAAAAUUUGAAGAUCUCAAUCAAAGUGUGAAGUUAAAGAAAAUAAAAUUUAAUUAAUCCAAGGAAAAGUGUUGACUCUUGUUGUAUUGAUACAAACAUAAUCUUCAACAGAUCAACCUUGAUAUUUGAUUAAUAACAUUUCAUUUCUGUUACCCUACCAACUUAAUUUAAUUUAAUCCCCUGAUUUCGUUUUUAAAUUGUUACAAUUAAUGGGAACCAGUUAACCGACAAUCAACAAUAAAUUCAACCCAAUUUACAGUUUCAACAAAAAUCUUAGUAAACAAAUGUUAAUCCAUCGAAAACAAAGAAAGUUAAUCACAAUUAACCAUGAAUUAUUUACGAAAUUUGAAAGCAAAAGCCAAGGCCCAAUCAUCGGUUUUACCAUCUUUAACUGAUCUAUUAGGUGAUAAUGAUAAAGUGCUAACCGAAACUGAGAUUACCUCUCGUUUAACCACAUUGAAAGACAUUCUAAUGUUUUCUACCACAAAUGAAAAGCUAAAUGAACUUGUGGACAAUUUAACCAUCAUUUCACAUAAUCUUCCAUUGAUUUUAAUUAAAUGGCGACGAUCAACUCAAUUUGGACAAAUAUUAUACAUCUUACCUUGGAGAAAUUUCAUCUUCACCGAUACAAAUGGUAUUCCAAUUGUUUCCAUUCUAUUGGAUAUUCUUAGUGAUAUGAUUACCAUCUCGCCUAUUUUCAUCCAAUCUAUAAUAAAGAAUAUUGUUCUAAAAAUAUUCCAAGGUGAGGAUAAGGAAGGAUCACAAUUAAGUUACAAUGAAUCUCAAAUAUUUCAACGUUGUCACAUUUUCCUAAAAGAAUUGGUUGAAACAUAUCCAUCAGCUUCCCUGUUAAUAUCCAAUACAUUCAAGACCAGUUUCCCUCAUUAUAUAACGUCAACUGUUCAUUGUUAUGUUGCAUAUUUGACCAAUGUAAUUGAUUCCAUUGAUUAUCUUUCCGAUACCCAAUCAAUUCUUAACUUAAUCAUUGACAAACUAAUUUGGUUGGAAAUGUCUUCCCAAAGAGCUGCUGAAAGCUUAGCCAUUGACGGUACCACCGAUUCUGGUACAACCACAACAACAACAACAACAACAAUGUCGACAACAAAUGAUAAUAACAAUGCUAAUAUUGAAUUAGCAAUCAAAUGUUAUAAUAUAUUUGACACUGGAUUUGACCUUUUAUUGUCAAAAUUGAAUUCUAUCCUUCAUCCUGAUAGCCUAACAUAUGAUUCAAGUAAAGCAGAGGUAACAAUUGGCUCAUUGUUAUACAUUUUCACCACUCAAGUGAUUAACAUUGAUUCAUUGAUUAAUUUACCUUUUGCUAUGGUCUAUUGGUCAAGUUUCUCUGAGGAUCUUUGUGAAAGAACCUUAUCCAAACUUUGGUAUGAAACAAUUAAAUCUUCUGAAAAAGGUUCACUCGAUUCGAGGUCAGUUUGUAUUCUAGCAUCGAUGAUGGUUGAAUCAAAUUACAUUACUACAGAUCAAGUUGUCUCUUUCCUGGAAAAUGCUGUUAAUUGGUCAUUAGAUUAUUCUGAUUGUAACAAUGAUAUUACCAUUGAUCUAAAUUAUAAUCCAGAUCAACAUAAACUUUUCUACUCUGUUACCCAAUCAAUUUUUUACCUCAUCUCUUGUAAAAUCAGUGAAUUUAAUAUGAUCCAAUUGAAAUCACUUAGAUUACUCAAUUUACAAGGUUUAAUUGGAACCAAAUUGAAUCCACUUCUCUAUUGUUUACCAACAAUAGUUGAACAAUUUGUUGAAAUUUCGAGAGAUUAUCAAAUAGCUCUUUGUUCCCAUGUGAUUGAUAAAAAUAUCAGAUUAGGAUUAGAUGUAUCAUCGUUUUUCAAUCAUUCUCUGUGUUAUUAUUUUCCCUUUAAUAGUUUCACCUUUCAAUUAGCAUCACCUAAAUUUGAUUCGAUCCUUUGUUAUUAAACAAUCCCAAUCAAUUGAAAUCGAAACAAUCAAACCAAAUGAAACUCUGUAAACAUUAUGUCAAUUAUUUAUUUGUGUCUAAUAAAAAAAAUGGUAAAUUCGGA